AUUAUUUUCCUUCCUUCCACCCCGAUUUUCCCAUUUUCUCUUUCUUUUCCUCGUUUCUCUCUAUUUUCCUUGGCUUUUUCAUCUUCCUUUCCCCCCCUUCUUGUCCAUUUCUCUCUUUUCCUAAUUUCCCUCUGUUUUUCUUUUUCCCACCCCUUCUUUCCAAUUUUUUCCUUUUCUUUAUUCUCCCUCUAUUUUUCUUCCCUUUCUUUUUUCCCCCCUCCCUUUCCCUACUCUUAUUUUCCCUUUUCCUUUCCUUUCUUUCAUUUUCCCCCAAUUUUUUCCCCUAUUUUUUUUCCUCCUCCUCCCUCCAAAUUUUCCAUUUUCCGCCUUGAAAUUCCCUUCCUUUUUUUUCUUCCCCUUUUUUUCCCUCUCUUCCCUCUCCUUCCCCCCCUUCUCCACCACCCUCCCCCGGCUCCUGCCGAGCACCGAGGGUCCCGAGGAGGAUCCCGCUUGUCCCGGGUCACAAUUUGGGGCCAAAACGGGACCCCGAGGGAGUGGGGGACACACGGGGAUUCCACCGAGCAUCGCAUUUUGGGGCCAUUCCAGCGGGUUUUAGGGCACUCUCAUUUCCCCCUCCGGGGUUCUCUGUGAGCACCGGGGUUGGGGGAUUCCAGGGGGGUUUCUCCCCCAAUCUCGGCCCCUCGUUCCCCUCCUCCGCAGCCCCCCAAAGGAAUGGGAUCACGUGAGGCGGGCGGGGCCUGGCGGCGGCUGGAGGUAGGAGGAAAAAAAAAAAUAAAAUUUAAAAUGAAAAAAAAUAAAGAAGUGGAAAAAAUAAAAAUAAAAAAUAAGAAAAAAAAGGAGGAAGGAAGGAGGAAAAAAAAGGGGGGGGAGGGGUGGGAAAGAGCGAGAGAGUGGAGGAAAAAAAAUAUAAAAAUAAAAAUAAAUAAAAAUAAAUUAAAUAAAUUAAAAAAUAAAAAAAGGGCCGCGGCCGUAGCGCCGCCCGAGCCGAGCCGAGCCGAGCCGAGCCGAGCCGAGCCGAGCCGAGGGGCGGCCGCGGGGCCGGCGCUGCCGCCGCCACCAGGGAAGGAUCCGCCCGGGGCCGCUCCAAGAUGCACAGAACCACCCGCAUCAAGAUCACGGAGCUCAACCCGCACCUGAUGUGCGCCCUGUGCGGCGGAUACUUCAUCGACGCCACCACCAUCGUGGAGUGCCUGCACUCCUUCUGCAAAACCUGCAUCGUUCGCUACCUGGAGACCAACAAGUACUGCCCCAUGUGUGACGUGCAGGUGCACAAAACCCGGCCCCUGCUCAGCAUCAGGUCAGACAAAACCCUCCAGGACAUCGUGUACAAACUGGUCCCGGGGCUUUUCAAAGAUGAGAUGAAGAGGAGGCGUGACUUCUACGCCACCUACCCGGUGGCCGAGGUUCCCCUGGGCUCGCAGGAGGAGCGUGGCGAGGUGGCCGAGAGGGACCAGGGCACAGUGCCCGAGGACGAGAUCGUCAGUCUGUCCAUCGAGUUCCACCGGGACCCCAGUGAGGAGCAGAAAGGCGCCGUGGAGAACGGAGACCUGGACAAGGACAAGGCCCCGCCGUGCCCCCCGGGCCCCGCGCUGCGGUUCCUGCGCUGCCCGGCCGCCAUGACCGUGCUGCACCUGGCCAAGUUCCUGCGCAACAAGAUGGACGUGCCCAGCAAGUACCGGGUGGAGGUGCUGUAUGAGGACGAGCCCCUGAAGGAAUAUUACACCCUGAUGGACAUCGCCUACAUCUACCCCUGGAGGAAGAGCGGUCCCCUGGCACUCAAGUACCGCGUCCAGCCCUCCUGCAAGCGGCUCCGGCUGUGCCCGACGCUGCCAUCCGAGGGCACCAACACGAGCGGCGCCUCCGAGUGCGAGUCCGGCAGCGACAAAGCGCAGAGCCCCGGGCUGGCAUCGCCCCCUGCCCUGCCCGGACCCGGGCACGGCUCCCCGGGGCCCGCCCUCAAUGGCUCCGCCUCGAACUGUCACCCGCUGCCACCCAAUUGUCACCCGCUGCCACCCAAUUGUCACCCGCUGCCACCCGCCCGUGGCCGCAAAACCGCCCUGAACGGCACCACGGGCUCGGCUCUGAGCUAA